UGAAAGUCUUAGCCGUCAUCGUCUUCAUUUUUGUCUAGGGUUUCUAAUCUCCUAUUAACAGCCCCAAGAGAGUAAGGGGAAGCCAGAGAACUCGAAGACGCAAUGGCGAGAAUCAAGGUCCAUGAGCUGAGGGAGAGAUCAAAAGCGGAUCUUUCGACUCAGUUGAAGGAUUUUAAGGCGGAGCUUGCUCUUCUUCGCGUCGCCAAGGUCACUGGAGGUGCUCCCAAUAAGCUCUCAAAGAUCAAGGUGGUGAGGAAGUCGAUCGCUCAGGUGUUGACAGUGAUCUCACAGAAGCAAAAGUCUGCUCUGAGAGAGGCAUACAAGAACAAGAAGUUUUUGCCUCUUGAUCUUCGCCCCAAGAAGACUAGAGCUAUCAGGAGGAGACUCACCAAGCAUCAGGCAUCGCUGAAGACAGAAAGGGAAAAGAAGAAAGAAAUGUACUUUCCAAUAAGGAAGUAUGCUAUUAAGGUUUAAGCUUUUCAUUAAAUCACAUCAAUUUGUUGUGUUUUGACAUUUUAGCUCUUGCGUGUUUGUCUUUUUUGGGUUCACUGUUAAAGAUUUAAAAGCUUCUCUUAAUGAAAGAUUUGAUUCACAAAAGCAGUUUUGUUUAUAUUAUUACUCUUCUGGAUUAUCCAUCUGAUUCUCCAUUUCUCUGUCUACACCUUCAAUCAACAAACCCAGUUAUUA